AUCAAGUUUUCAGAUGACUUGGGAAUGGAUGAAGAGGCUGUGGACCUUGGUGGCCCCAGGAGGGAAUUUGAACGCUUGCUCAUGGAAGCUCUUGUGCUGUCACCUUUGUUUGAGGGAAGCGACAGCAAACUGAAUUUGGCCCCGGACAGUUCCGCUUUAAGAGAAGAUCGGUAUUUCCUGGCUGGUCCGGCUAUGGCUGUAAGCCUUGUUCAUGGCGAUCCUCCACCAGGAUUCUUUUCACCAACUUUGUAUUCUUCCCUGUUUGGUGGCAAGUCCUCAGUGAAUCCUGUCUUGGAAGUCAUUGCUGAUGCUGACCUCUUGUAGUGUGCAAAUCUUUACUGCAAUCUAAGUCACUUUUUAGGCCCCACU